GCCUGGGUUCGGACUUCCCCUCCCAGCCCGGCUAGGCUGCGUCGCGCGCUGCCCGCCCAGCCCGCAGAGCCCGCGCCGCGGCCGCUCCGCCGCGCUCUCAGAGGCCGCCAUGGGCACCGCGCGCUGGCUCGCGUUGGGCAACCUCCUUGCCCUGGCGGGGCUGCUGGAAGGCCGUCUUGUGGGCGAAGAAGAAGCUGGUUUUGGAGAAUGUGACAAGUUUUUCUACGCCGAGACGCCUCCUGCGGGGCUGGUCGCCGAUUCCCACGUGAAGAUCUGUCAGCGCUUCCAGGGCUCUGAGCGUUUUGCCACCCUAUACAACACCCGAGACCGCAUCCCUGUGUUCUCAGCGUUCCGCGCCGCGCGUCCCGCGUCUAGCAGCGCGGAGCAGCGCUGGCUGGUGGAGCCGCAGAUCGAUGAUCCCCACAGCAGCCUUGAGGAGGUGAUGAAUGAGGCCGAGGCCAUCGCCUCCGUGAACAAUCUGGGAAGCAAGCAAGCCUUGAAUACAGAUUACCUCGAUUCUGAUUAUCUAAGAGGACAGCUGUUCCCCUUCACCCUUAGCAGUGAUCUCCAGAUGGCCACAUUCACUCUCACAAAUUCAGCUCCCAUGACCCAGUCCUUCCAGGAACGAUGGUACCUGAACCUCAACAGCCUGAUGGACCGGGCCUUAGUCCCGCACUGUGGUGGUGGAGAAGACCUGUAUAUUAUCACAGGUGCAGUGCCCUCAGACCGCAAAGUUAAAGACAAAGUGACCAUCCCUGAGUUUGUCUGGCUGGCGGCCUGUUGUGCUGCCCCUGGAGGAGGCUGGGCCAUGGGCUUUGUCAAGCAUAUGCGGGAUAGUGACAUCAUAGAAGAUGUGAUGGUGAAAGACCUCGAGAAACUGCUUCCAUUUAAUGCUCAACUUUUCCAGAACAACUGUGGUGAGACUGAACAAGACACAGAGAAAAUGAAAAAGAUCCUGGAAAUGGUUAAUCAAGUCCAGGAUGAGGAGCGAAUGGUGCAAUCUCAAGAAAGCUCUAGUCCCCUCUCCAGUACCAGGAGCAAGAGGUCUGCCCUGCUGCCUCCAGAGACACCUGAGGGAAGUAGUAGCUUUUUGGGAAAACUCAUAGGCUUUAUUGCUACCCCAUUCAUCAUGUUUUUCCAAUUAAUUUAUUACCUUGUGGUAGAAAUCCUGAAGAACUUUGUCUAUUUCCUGUGGUAUGUUACUAAGCAGGUGAUUAAUGGCAUAGAAAGUUGCCUUUGCAGCCUGGGCUCGGCCACCAUCUCAUACUUCUUGGCCAUUGGAGAAGAGUUGGUGACCAUACCUUGGAAGGUGCUCAAGGUCCUGGUCAAGGUCAUCAGAGCCAUUCUCCGGAUCCUUUGUUGUCUGCUGAAGGCCAUUUGCCGCGUUCUGAGCAUCCCUGUCCGAGUCCUUGUGGAUGUGGCCACUUUCCCUGUGUACACUGUGGGUGCACUUCCAGUUGUGUGCAAGGACAUUGCCAUGGGAAUUGGUGGCACUAUCUCCCUGCUGUUUGAGACUGCAUUUGGCACUAUGGGUGGCCUAUUUCAGGUCAUUUUUAGUGUCUUCAAGGGGAUUGGCUACAAGGUUACUUUUGACAAUUCUGGGGAGUUGUAGAAUUCAAAAAACAAAUAGUAUCUAGUGACAGAGAAUUUGUUUUUUUUAAAUAGAGAAAGCUGGAAUAUUGCGUCUUUACAAUGGGUUUCUAUCAUUAAUUGUCAUUAUAUUUUGGCCCUUGGUGAGA